AUGCCGAUGGUAACAGCAGCUACUGGUCUUCGACGCACCCUUGAAGACCCAAACUCGUUCGUCGUCGCCCCCGGUGUAUAUGAUGGCCUCUCUGCACGGAUUGCGCUCUCCGUUGGCUUCGACGCCCUGUACAUGACGGGUGCUGGUACCGCCGCCUCUGUGCACGGACAAGCCGACCUGGGAAUCUGCACUUUGAAUGACAUGCGCGCCAACGCCGAAAUGCUCUCAAAUCUUUCGCCGACUACACCCGUGAUCGCAGAUGCUGACACUGGGUACGGUGGUCCGAUCAUGGUCGCCCGCACAACCGAACAAUACUCCCGCUCUGGCGUAGCAGCUUUCCACAUCGAGGAUCAAGUGCAGACGAAGCGCUGCGGGCACCUGGGCGGGAAGAUCCUUGUGGACACCGAAACUUAUGUUACCCGCAUUCGUGCGGCGGUGCAGGCACGACAGCGUAUCGGUAGUGAUAUUGUGGUUAUUGCCCGGACAGACUCUCUUCAGACACACGGUUAUGAGGAAAGUGUAGCACGUCUACGAGCGGCGCGGGACGCUGGCGCAGACGUAGGUUUCCUCGAGGGAAUUACGUCCAAGGAAAUGGCAAGGCAAGUGGUGAAGGAGCUGGGUCCGUGGCCGAUGCUGCUGAACAUGGUCGAGCAUGGGGCGACUCCGUCGAUCUCGGCGGCUGAGGCCAAGGAGAUGGGAUUCCGUAUCAUCAUUUUCCCGUUCGCUGGUUUGGGACCCGCCUGUGCAGCCAUGCGCGAAGCAAUGGAAAAGCUGAAGGCUGAUGGUAUUCCGGGCUUGUCGAAGGAGAUGACUCCGCAGAUGUUGUUCCGAGUCUGCGGGCUAGAUGAGAGUAUCAAAGUCGAUGCGGAGGCUGGAGGAGCGGCAUUCGAAGGCGGUGUUGAUCUGAAGUAA